UGUUGUAACGCUAUUCAAUGAAUGCCAAAAGGCACAUUUUUUGUGUGCAACGUUUCACUGUAUUCCCAUGAAGCGAUAAAGAUAAUAUAACGGUUGUUUUUGAACACUGAUCGAUGGAGUUUGGAAUCUAAAACACAAUGAUUAACAAUCGCUAACACACUGAUUGUUUUGGACAGCUCAUCCUUGUCAACUGUGUUGAGAUUUAACUACAGUUUUUUCCCACAUGUGGUGAGUUGUGCUUUCGUUAUGACAUUGCCGUACACUUAAGAGUUACAUACGAUAGUGAAAGGUCGCUGGGGAUACAAUGUGCAGCAAUGGACGUUACAGUCAAACCAGAUUGCCACGUUCGCUACGAACAAAUACUAGCCUUGAUCGACUCGCUGGGGUGUCAUCUCAGCUGGCACGAGCUGAGCCCUGUCUCUAAGGACAAAACCCGCCUCGGACGUGAGAAGGAGAACUUGGCCCUUGAGAAGUGGGACUUCUGCGAUCGGCCGACUUACUACACAGCUAUACGGAACCUUCAAGGGUUCAUUGCUUAUAACCUCGACGAGUUGGAUGAAGCUCAAAGCUUCUUCGAGGGUGUGUUGGACAAAGAUGGGAAUAAUCUAAACGCACUUGCGAAUCUCGCGUACAUAACCAAAGGAAUCGGUAAGUUAGAAGAUAACCGCCAUUUUGUGGAUAGACUUGUUGAGAUUCUUUCGAGACCAAGCUGCUAUGAGAGAGCUAGAGCUCAUGCGGACAAAGCUCACGCUAUCCGCUACUUCGAGCCGUUCAAGCGAUGCUUAAAGUAUAUGAGAUAUAUUAAACUAGCCGCCACCAUCGGCAGUAAAUGUGAUGGACCACACCGAGCAGAGUGGUUUUUCGACUACGCCUUGGCCCUCUACCGGCGAGACCUCCAGAUAUUGUACUUGAGAAAGCUUCACGCCGAAACAGAUGAGCCCCUGGAUAACUCGGAUUGUUACUCGGAUGCUAAAAUCAAAGAGGGGUUCAUCAAUGCUUGUAAACAAUUCAUGAAUGUGGCCACGAUCAGCCUUUCAGAAGAUUACCAAGCUUUGUCUUGGGUCUUCCUUGGGAUCCUUGUAAACCACGAUCCGGAGCACCGGAGUCUUGGUGAAGUAUUUCCAGAGAAGCCUGAGUACCACCUCACACCGGAGCAGUGUUUUGAGAAAGGUCUUGGUAUACAUCCAGAGCAUGAGAUUGUACUCCGUAGGGUAGGGUCAGAAUAUGUUAAACUGAAGAGGUUCGAAGAAGCCAAGCAGUUGCUUGAUAAGUCUUUGGGCAUACUCCCGUCUCGAUAUGGGUAUCGCUAUCGAGCGUUUAUGUACCUUAAGAUGUACGAAGAGUCUGUGGAAGACGGGAAUGCUGCAGUGGAUCGGCUUUACGAUGCAGCUUCGGACCUACAGAAUGCCUUGAAGAAGAAGGAGGCACACGCUGAUAUCUCAGACUUGGGCUACGUCUAUUACCUCCUCGGUGACAACGAUAAGGCCUCCUUCAUGUUCUUGAGGGCCACGAGUAGCGAGCAGUUUAUUGAUUAUGAUUAUUUUGACCAAGUGCUGGCUCAUCGACGGUGGGCCGUUUGCCUGGAGAAGGCCAACGAACUUGCAGGGAGCCAACAUCAACUACAGAAGGCGAAGGAGAUCCGAAAGCAAAUCCUAGACACAGCUCUCCAGGAAGAGCAGCUGGAUGUCUUCUUCCAGCAUGAUUUUGAGCAUUACAAUACCAACGAGAAGCAGGGUUUUGUCCGCGUGCUCAUGGACUAUCACUUCUGGAGACCCUGUUCUAAGUUAUCAGAUAUGGGGACAUGUCUUCCCCGUGGUUCCAGUGACAGAUACGCCUACGACUUCGAUGUUUUUGUAUGGCACACCGAUACAAACAGGCGAUGGGCUGUGGCGUUUGUCAAUAAGCUCGAGAUGGAACACAACAUCAAGUGCUGCAUCGGGGGCAGGGAUUUCCAGCUCGGCAAGGAGAUUCAAAAGAACAUCUUGGACUGUCUCAGGCUGAGCCACCGGUGUGUUAUAAUUCUACCGGGAAGCCAGAGCUGGAUGAGGUUCACCAUCGCCCAUGCCAUACGGGAGCUAUACACCAGGGAGGACGAGUUUAUCUUACCGAUCAAGUUAAUAGAUUGCCCAGUACCGGUGGAGCUUCAACAUCUGACAGUCAGGGAUUGCGAAGAGGGGCAGAUCAAACAAGAACACUGGGAUGAAAUCGUGAAGUUGUGUCGACAGAUAUGAAACUAGUAUUAAAAUUAUUCAUUUUUUGUGGUAAUGACUCAUACAAAAGUAAUUUUAUCUCUCAUGCCUAGGAAACCUGUAAACAAGGGUGCUUGCAAUGUGGAUCCAGGCGUAAUAGGCUAAAUGUCCCAUAAACAGUGUUCUGGGUUCUUUUACAUGCACCAUACAUAUGGGAUCUAUAGAUCCCAUAUGUAUGGUGCAUGUAAAAGAAGAUCCCAUAUGUAUGGUGCAUGUAAAAGAACCCAAAAGACUGUUUAUGGGACAUUUAGCCUAUAUGGCUUAAUGUCCCAUCCGAAGGACAAAGUAUUAGUAUAUUGCUCAAAGACACAAUAUUGUCAAGACAGGGACUCGACACUCACACUCUGCAACGAAUUUCAAGAUAAACUUUGUCUGAAUUAAUUAUUUCGGCUAUGGCUGGAUAGGCUGAAAAUUCAUAUUCUUCAACUGUUAACGCUGCUGCAAAACGGCGGUAGCUGCAGCCAAAGUCGCUUAAUUCCGACACGUCUAUCUGAGUCGCACAAUACUAAUUGAACCAUCAAAAUUGCUGCAUUUUAAAUAAGAAGAUGAGAAAUGUGUGUUGUAUGAUUACUAUGUUUGAUUUAUUGUUGUUUUCAACACUGUGCCGUACAUGACGGUCAAAUGUCGCACCUAAAGCAAACAAGAAAAAAAAAAACCGUUUGUUUGUUCACAUGGCUAAUCCCAUAUGGUGAUGCACAUGACGUCAUUUGAGUAAAUGGCGCCUGUGGCAAGAGGUCAAAGGGAAGUUGUUCAUUGGUUAAUCAAAUUCAUUGGUAAACUGCUUUGUACUCAAUUAAAUAGUUUUAACAUUAUGUGACCAACUAUUUUGAGAUUUAUUUUUUUAUUUGUGUGAGGGGUGGGGUGCUAAUGAAUGUAGGCCGUGUGAUAACCCUACUGGGGCAGGGGUGGAUUUCACAAAGGUAGUCCUAACUUAGGACUAGUCCUAGGUAAUGUUAAGAGAUAGGACUGGUCC